AUGAUGGAGUUGCCGGAUUACAGCUUCUAUGAGUUCAAGGAGCAUGAGCCCAACCCUUACCAAGGCACCACGCUGGACAGGAGCAUUUUGUUGGACCCGCCUGCGCCUGUUUUGACCCCGCCGAAGUUCGAGUUCUCCAAGCUUGAGAACGGCAUGAAGAUUGCCUCGAUUGACAAGCAGGGCCUCACCGCUCGCUUGGGCCUUUACGUGCAUGCUGGCUCCCGCUUCGAGGUGCCAGGCAACUUGGGUGUGGCGCAUAUGGCUGCCCUCAUGGGCUUCCGCUCCACUGCGCACUUGAGCCACCUGAGGACGGUGAAGACCCUGGAGCAGCUCGGCGCCCACCUCAGCUCCUCGGCCACUGCUGGCCGCGAGGAGAUCGCCUACCAGGUGGAGCUGCAGCGCGAGUACAUGCCGCUUGCUGUGCCCCUCCUGGUCGGCAACGUGCUCUUCCCACGAUUGCUGCCAUGGGAGGUGAAGGCCGCGCAGUCUGACGUGCCCACCGCCAAGGAGGCUCUGGUCAAGGAUCCUGACACCAUGGUCAGUGAGCUGCUCCACAAGGCUGCCUAUUGCAACAACACGCUGGGGCUUAGCACGCUGGCAAGCGAACGGUCCAUGAGCUACUUCACUCCGGAGACAAUCCGCGGCUUCCUCCUAGACCACUUCGCACCCGAGCGAAUGGUCUUUGUGGGCGUCAACGUUGCCCAUUCCGAGCUCUCCAAGUGGGUGAUGCGUUCUUUCGCAGACUACAAUGCCAUCCCCCUGAAGAAGCGCGAGGAGAAGAAGGCCCAGUAUACUGGUGGUGACAUGCGAUUGGAGGGAGCCUCGCCUUACUGCCACCUGGCACUCGGGUUCGAGUCCACAGCCUUUGGGCAGGCUGAGCUUGCUCCAGUUGCCCUCGUCCAGGCCCUGCUUGGCGGGGGCUCCGCCGUCUACAGUGGCAUCGGCUCCGGCCUGACCUCGCGGCUUUCCACGCAGGUGCUGAGGCAGAGUCCCUACGUGGAGUCCUGCGCAGCCUUCAACACCUCGUACUCGGACUCCGGCCUCUUCGGCGUCUACGGUGUCUGCCAGCCUGAGAAGGCCUCUGACAUGGCCAUGGCCAUGGCAUCGGCACUGAAGGGCCUCUCUAGCGUGAGCAAGGAGGAGCUGGCAAAGGCCAAGGCGAUUCUCAAGGGCAAGAUGUUCCGGCAGGCAGACAACGACAGUGAGCUGAUGCAGGACAUGGGCCAGCAGCUCCUCCUGACGGGCAAGUAUGGGUCGGCAGCAGAGUUCGGCAAAAUCAUCGACGGCGUGAGCGAAGCCGAGGCGGUUCUUGGGGUGACAAGAUUCUGCCAGAGGCUUCUCAGUCCUGAGGGUGUUGAGUUACCCGAUGGCACCGAGCUGAAGUUGCCCUGUCGCCUGCACCUGGUCAAAGUGAUGUUUGAUGCAGAGGCCACCUGCGGGCUGCAAGGACAGCUUGAGGAAGCCAUUCAGGGUAAUGACCUUGCAACCAUGGAGGUCCUGCUGCAAUCGCCGAUGGAUCCAAAUCACACCUGCCCCAGGCACCAGUCCGCAUUGCGCACGGCCAUUUUUUGGCAAAGCCUCACUGCAGUGCAGAUGUUGAUUGAAGCGAGUGCGGACCUCAAUAGGGUUGAGACAGGACUGGUCGGACACCCAUUCUUUUCCCACAAAGGCGACAAAGGCACGUUUGCAGCGCGAGAAUCAUCUGGCGCAGCUUUGCAUCACGCCUGUGACAGGAGGACCAGUACUAGCUGCAAUGGGAUCUUGCAUGCUUUGAUUCACGCCCGGGCUGAUGUCAACCUGGUAAAUCUGAACGAUCGGACGCCACUCCACAAUGCUAUCAUCGAGGGCAACAAGGGUGCUGUAGAAGUACUGCUCAAGGCACACGCAGAUCCGAACAAGGGUGGUGGCAAGGGUUUGACCUCUGCGUUCUUGGCUGUGCAGCACUACACGGUCCCCCUGCUCGAAACCUUGCUCGAUGCAAGGGCAAAUCCCAACUCUCCAGGUACUUCUAUUGAACCACAACCCUUGUACAUGGCCUGCCAAAGAAAUGCCUUAGAACACAUGCAGCUGUUGAUCAACAGGCGUGCUGAUGUCGACAGAGGCGAAGCAGAAUUUGGGGAAUCAUCUCUGCACCUGGCGUGCAGGAUGGGUGCGAUAGACCAGGUGAAGCUGCUAAUCGUAGCUCGUGCCGAUGUUGACUGCGCUAACUCGGCUGGAGCGACGCCUCUUCAUGCUGCUUGUGCGAGUGGGCACCAAAAACAAGACGAAGCAAGACAGCUCAAGAUUGUAAAGCUCCUGGCCGACGCUGGAGCUGACAUGGCUUGCAAGAAGGACGGAGUAACGGCCGCACAGCUCGCCGAAAGUGUUCGGCGGGAAGGAAUUGCGAGUUUCCUGAAGCGGAAGGCUGCGAGCAUGUCGAGCAUGACGAGCAUCGAAAACUUCAAUGCCGCCGAAGCUUCCGCUGAAGCUUGCACUGAAGCUGGACACGAGCUCGCUCGCCCAAAGCGUGCUGUGCUGCUUCUGUCGAGGCGUGACAAGGGCACAAAAAGGCUUCCGCUGUAUGUGCCCCAACCAACCGACUAUCAUGCCAUCCUGGUCCUGCGUAUAUGCAUGUACGUGUAUACAUUGACCGACGGAUGCGAGGUCACUGCCGCCGCGAAGAAGAUCCUUGGCUCGAAGCUGUCCUUGGCGGCCUACGGCGACGUCCACUCGGUCGCCCGGUCGAGCAUGCCGGGUCUGAAAAGAUGA